AUGGCGCACCCAAUGGAACGUUCGGGCUUACGACCACCGAGGCUGAACGAUGGCGCGGAGAACGUCAAGCUGCCGGAAGACCUGUGGCUGCAGCUGGGCCUUGCAUUGAUUGUGGCCAUUUUAGAUUUGGCCUGGCGCCUGCGCAACCUUGCUUGGGUCAAGGACUUUUGCCAAGGAGCCUACGGUCACCUGGCCGACCCAGUCAACAAACUGCGAGUGAAGGUCUACACCCUGAUUUUUGCAAGUUUUUCCUUUGGCCUCAUAAUGCCCAUCUUUGCGCCCUGGGAGCACGCGGAGAAGUGGGUGAGGUGGCACCCUUAUAACGUUGAUGCAGAGCUCCUUUGGCGCGGAACCUUUGCCACCUUCGCCUUGGCGUUCUUCCUGACUGCCGCGAAUCGCAAGGUGAACAGCUCCAUCGUAGCCUUCUUUGCAGCUCAUGGUGUUUGCCACAGUUUGUCCAUGUUCAUCGACAAUCGUGUUUUUCCAGCUGACGGCAACGACAAUGUGGAGCACAUACUGGAGAUUUGGUUUGUUCCACUUCUUUGUGGGACGAGUUGUUUGGUAUUUGCAUGA